ACCGAAGGCCGCGCUCCGUCUGAUGCGACGACUGCUCGACAGCUCGCUAGAAGAACUCCUUCCCAACACGCGUAAAUGAAAGUAUUCAGCCCCAACUUUUUGCAGUUCCGCUCUUCUCAAAAUUCGGUUAAGAGUCGUUUCCAUCCCCUUUCCCUCUCCCGAAAUCCCUGCAAAUUUUCUCCCCAUUUUCCCUCUGAUUUUCUCGCACUUUCCCUCUCUUUCCCUUUCUCUCUCUUCGAUUCUUCUCCCUCUCUGUCCUUCGCCGUCCUCCUCGCUUCCGUCGCGCCAGAGAUGGAGUCGGCCAUGGAGGACUCCCGAGCACGGGAUUCGUGCCUGAUGGUCUCCGACGUGCUCGCUCAAUUCCCGCGCCCUCGGACGUCCAAGAGUUGCUGGAUACCAGGAAGCUUACGAAUAUGUCCGUUCAGGUGUUGCUAAGCGUCUCUGUAGUUAGCGAUCUUCGUUUGCUGUUUUUCCGUGUUCCCGCUGCCUCUGGCUUUGCUGUGGGGACCUGGUGUUUCGAGGGAUUAGGGGUUUCGUCGGAUUUGGGCUGGUGAGUUGCUUAAUUUGGGGGUUAGUGUGUUUGUUGGCGGUCUUGCUGUGGAGGUUGGUAUGUGCACGUCACUUACAGGUGAAAAUUCGGAACUCCUAGGGUUUCUCGAGCUACUCCAGAUCUUUCCGAACAUAGACAGGGAUAUUUGGACCAAAGUUCAGGCUUUUCUAAGGAGUAGGAAUUGUGGAUUUCGGGUUCUGGAGGGAUUUUAGAAUGGCUCUUGUAGACUCUUCUCUUUGGAUGUCGGGGAGCUGUUGGGAGUGACUCUGGAUUGUCUAGAGAAGGCGGUUACAUCCGGGCAGGUUUGGCUUUCAUUCUUACGGUUUGACUGUGCGAUCGUGGAUGGAAGGAAGGAGGGCUUUGACGUUUCCCCGAAGCGAUGCUCACAGUUUAAGAGAACAAGCCGCUAGGACGGUUCUUCGCAACGUUAGAUUACAGGGGCACACCUAUGUUGAGCUUCGUGAGGAUAAUAGGAAGUUCAUUUUCUUCUGUACUUUGUGCCUGUCACCAUGUUACGGUGAUUCGGUGUUGUUUGAUCAUCUCAAGGGGAAUCUCCACAGUGAGAGAUUAGCUACCGCAAAGGAUACGCUCUUAGGACCCAACCCAUGGCCUUUCAAUGAUGGCGUACUGUUCUUUGCUCGAUCAGCUGAGGAGGAUAAGCAAGUAGACAUUGCGAAUGGUGGUCAAAACAGUUUACUGGAGCUGAACGAGAAUGAAAAUCUUGCCAUUGUUCAAUACAAUGAAAACUCCAAGCUCGCAACUAAUGGACAUGAUGGGCUUCACAAUGCUCUCUUGGGUGGUAAAGUUAGUUCUUGUUUAGAGAGUUUGGAUGGUGAUGGAGGAGAUGGCUACCUGUUGAUUCCAGAUGUGUUGGUUAAAGAUGAGAUCUGCGAUUUGCAUGCUAAACUUUUGGGUGUGGGACGGAUUGCUGCGAGAUUUCUUGAGAAAGAUGAGGUGCUGAAUGGUAUAAGUAGAAUAUGGUGUGAAUGGCUGCGCAAAGAGAUUCCUGUUGACAAUGAUCCUCUACAGAUUUCAAAGCAUGACUUCGCCAUUGUGACUUUAGGUUACAAUUAUGAUUUAGGUAGGAAAGGGUUGUUUGGUGAGGUAAAGACCUUGCUUUCUUCUAGUCCUUUGUUAGCAUUGGAGGAUGGUGGGAACAAUGAUAGGAAGAGGAAGCAAUCUUUUUCUGACCCGGAGGAUAUAAGUGACUCCCUAAAUAAUCAGUAUGAUUCAUCUGGAGAAGGUUCGUUAACUUCAAAUGCUUCUUCUCCAAGAUUGCUGUUGGAUAGAUAUGAUGAUCAGCUUCUGCGUGCUAGAAUUACAUCAAGCAAAGCUGUAAGAAAAGAAGUGAGACGGCAUCAACGUAUAGCUGCAGAAAGAAUGUGUGAUAUCUGUCAACAAAAGAUGCUACCAGGGAAAGACGUGGCAACACUCAUCAAUAUGAAGACUGGAAAGCUGGCUUGCAGUAGUCGAAACUUGAAUGGGGCAUAUCAUGUUUUUCAUAUUUCUUGCCUUAUACACUGGGUACUUCUUUGCGAAUUUGAAAUGGCUACAAGUCACUUGGAAAAUCCAAAAGUGAGGAGGAAAUCGAGAAAAAAGAAUGGACCUAAGUGCAUUAAAUCAAGAGAAGAUGGUGACAGGAAAGCUGCACCUGUGCAAAUCCAUUCUGUGUUCUGUCCAGAGUGCCAAGGCACUGGUGUCAUGGUUGAAGGAGACAAUCUGGAAAAUCCAUCUGUCCCUUUGUCAGAGAUGUUCAGGUUUAAAAUUAAAGGGAGCGAUGCACGGAGAGCAUGGAUGAAAAGCCCUGAACGGUUGCAGAAUUGCUCAGUAGGGUUUCAUUUUCCACAGGAUUCAGAAGGGCAGUUUGAGGAAAAGGUGGUGACCAUGAAGUUGCUGAAUUUCUAUGAAGCCAUUGAUUGUGGCAGUCCAGAACGUUCCCGGGAUCUUUGAAAUUGAAUUACAGCUUCCCCUAUUACUGUCUGCUUAAGAGCAAGCUAGGUUUGUUUUUCACUUUAGGAUAAAAAAAUAGCAGCCUUCAGGUAGAUGUGAGGUAAAUUUGAUAAAUUAGAGCUGCUAACUUCCUGUCAAUCAGUGUAUAUACUUGUUGCGAUGUAAAUGACUGACUGGUGAUUGCAUUUCAAUUUGGAAACUGAAUCUCUUGUUCUGUACUUCUGCUCUUUUAGCCCCUGCUCUACAUGUUCUUUGUGCUAUUAGAGAUUGCCCUCUCAGAUGAAUUUUAAGUGUAGAAUCUGCUUGCUGUAUGACAAGGAAAUUUAUUA